AUGUCUGUUAACGCACCGCCUAUUACGGCAACUGAUAGCCUUUCACAAGCUCUUAAGGCAAAUAUUAUACCAAACCAAGAAUAUUUAUUACAGGGUUCCGUGUUGGACUCAGCGGUGGAGGUACUACUACAUCGUCUCCGCGGCUUGUGUGACAACGUCGAUGCCGGUCCUGAAACGUUCGAUGAUCAGGAAGUCUGUUUUAGUUUACGAGAUCCUAAUCAACAGGCAGCACCUCUCAUGUUACGAGUCCGGAAAGCUCUUGAUGCAAGAGAUAUGCCAUUCCAGUUACGAUACAUAGGUCAGCCAGAUCUGGGUGAUAAGAAUAGACCAACGGUUGUGCGCUCCAGUCUCGAUAUAGCCUGCAGCGGCAUGCUGAUAGAGUUCCUCAAUGAAUUAGGAUGUAGAAUUGAAUUUGAAUACAGUGUUAAAGGAUACAUGUUCAGAAAAGGCAGGAUGAAGAUAACAGUAGCGAAGGUGUUCAAGAUAUCACAGAGUUCAAUGCCCCCGGAGCCAAUAUCACAGAGCUAUCUGGUGGAGUUAUCGGUGUUGGCACCUCAAGGGCAAGAUGCCAUCGGUGAAGACAUGAGAGCGUUCGCUGAUCAAUUGAGACCUUUAGUACAGUUGGACAAGAUUGAUUACAAACGACUCGGUCACAUGUCCCCGGCUUAA